AUUUGUUUCCGGCCACGGGUGCUCCGUCGAGCGUACCUCCGGCGCGCAGACGGGAAUGCAGACCACCGCGCGCUACCCCGCUUCCGCUCCGUCCUCGCCGCUCCCUUCCUCCGCGCCACCGCCACCGCCGCGCGUCGCCUUACCCGCCCUCCGCCGCCGCGACCUCCUCCUCCUCCCCGCGGCGCUGUCCCUCCCGCUCGCCCCUCCCGCCGCGGCGCCCGCGCCCGCCGCGGCCCGCGGGCUGUUCCGCAUGCCCCCGCAGCGGCUUGCGAACCGCUACUUCCUGGUGCGCGCGGGGGAGUCCGUCUACGAGGGGCAGGGCCUCCUCCGCACCAACCCGGUCGCCAAGACUUCCGUCGACAACGGCCUCUCCCCCGUGGGGCUCCGCCAGACGGCGCGCGCCGCGCUCGAGCUCCAGCGCCUUGGCGCAUGCGAGGACGACUGCUGGAUAUGGCCGUCCAUCACGCAGCGCGCGUACCAGGCGGCCGAGAUCAUCGCGGCCGCUAACGGCGUCAACCGCAGCCGCAUUGUGCCGGAGUAUAGCUUCUUGGAUGCCCGCGGAUUGGGUGCGUUUGAGGGGAAGAGCCUGGACGCACUGCCCGAGGUGUAUGCGUCGGAUAACAUUUCACCAGACAUGAAGCCUCCUCCUAUCAGCGAUGGUACUCCUAAUGAGAGUGUAGCAGAUGUAUUUGUCCGGGUGACACAGCUCAUGUCAAUACUAGAGACACAGUAUUCAGGGGAAACUGUUGUCAUCGUUUCACCAGAUUCUGACAACCUAUCGAUUCUUCAAGCUGGAUUGAUUGGGCUAGACCUACGAAGGCAUAGCAGCUUAUUUUUCAAGCCCGGUGAGGUCAGACCAGUUGAUCCUAGUAGCAUACCUGAAUAUAAGCAACCUGCUUCUACUGUUUUUAAGUGUACAAAUCCGCCAAGUUGUAAAUAGUUCACUUCCUGUCACUGCAGUUCAUAUUUCUGUACAUGUAUGAAUAUACACAUGAGAAACCUCUUCUUGAUUAUAGCAUAUAGCUCAGAGUACGUUUUGUGCUUC